AUGGAAGGCAACUGGAAUCCUAUAAAAGCCUCCAGAGACAAUAUUGGCAUAUCACACCUAUUUUUUGCUGAUGAUCUAAUGCUCUUUGCUACUGCUACUGAGGAGAAUAGUGAAACCAUCAAGGAAGUGUUGGAGUUGUUUUGUACUGAAUCAGGACAAAAGAUUAGUACAUGCAAAUCUUGGGUCUACUUCUCUCAAAAUGUGGAUGUUGACUUGAAAGGAAGAAUAUGUGGUAAUCUAAACAUUCAGGCCACUAACAACCUAGGAAAAUGCCUAGGAUUCCCUCUAAAGUACAAAAAUGCAGAAAGGAACCAAUACAACUUUAUAGUUGAGAGGGUGAUUAAUAGACUUGCUGGGUGGAAAUCCAAGCUCCUCUCCUUUGCGGGUAGAACUGUAUUGGUCAAAUCAGUCAUGUUAGCCAUGUCUAACCAUGUGAUCCAAGAAGUGACCCUACCUUCCCAUCUCUGUUGGAAUGUUGGCAAUGGUGUGAACAUUAAGUUUUGGACAGACAAGUGGGUGAGAGGCUAUGCACCUAGAGAACUAAUUAAAGGCCCAAUCAAUGACAUGGAGUGCAAUUUGGCUGUGGUUGAUUUACUCCAAGAUAAUAACUGGAACUAG